GGAGAGCAACGACGAUGAUCUUACGCAGCGGAACGUUAUCACGCGCUAUGAGUUGUAUAUCACAGACGAAUCUAUCACAGUUGCGAUGUAUCCACAGUAAAGGAGAGAUAAGCAAUCGUGAUCACAGGCUACAAGUUGGUAGAGCUAUACGUACUCUACGCUUGACGCUUCCCCGUUUCUUUGAUGAUGGACUCUCAGAUAGGGUAUACGGCGGAGAAGAGGAGAUAUACGCACCAAAUGUGGCUUUAUACCUCCCCAAUUUCCACACACUUCACCCACCGCCACUCAAAGGUCGUGCUGUCUACCUUCGUAGCGCGAGUCUAUUACGUCUCGCAUUUGUAGCUUUACACUCAGAUGCAGCGGUUACACUGAAGAGCACACACUAUUAUGAGGGUGAUCUACGUAUAAGUCUGAUGGUUUCAUCGAUAAACAGGUUAACGAGGGAGUUAUCAGAGUGGGAUGUUCUAUUCAGGUAUACAUUCGACAAUGCCGGUUUGAUUGACGUACAUGAGGUAUUACGCAUCAAUCCACCGCCAACGAGUAGUGCAAUCGAGGGAUUACGCGCAGUAUGGAUGCGUCUACAGCAUAAGCCAGAAGAAGCUGUAAUAUUCGAUGGAAGUGGAAGUAAUGAAGAUUUUCACUCAAAGAAGAAAUCAUAGGAGUAUGAUUUAACGCUUUAAUAACUUGUUAAACAUCCAUCUACCCCCCGUUG